UGUAUCGUUAACGAUAGUCAUAGAGGUCUAGGGGUAAGGGUUUUUAAUGAGUAGGGGUCUCACAGUACCCGCUUGCCCACGCCUUGUUGAACGAGUGUCCAUAAAGGAUUUUCUCCAAAUAAAGAAAAGGAAAAAAGAAGUACGCAAUGUAAACCUUGUCGACCACAGAGGUUACAUGCGGAGGGUAAUAAAUGAGGCCAUGAGAGAAGUGGAGGAGAUAGGAUGGUGCAAUUUAAAAAUACCCGAAUUUACAAUGGACAUAGAUGAGGAAGUUUUACACUGGCCAAUAGUCGGUACUAUAUACUUCCGGAACGGCUUCACAAUAUCUAUACAGCGGUUGGAGAUAUCAAGCAGUAUCAACCAAAUUUGGAGCUGGAACAUCGAUGGUACCGCUACGGUUAGAGUAACAGGCUCAGUUGUGAUGCACGACGUCUUGAUUGGUUUCGACGUGGAUUCACAUGUCAAUAAUAUUAUCCACCGUUCCACAGGAACGUUUCUGCGUAAUCGAAUAGCUUGUAAUAUUAAUAUAUUCAAAAACACACAUACACAGGAUAUGCAUGUCACAGUGGUUAUAGACCAUCCGGGUUCUCAAAACAAAUUGACGUUUAUGCCAUCUAAUAACAUAACACAAGUUGUAAGAGCUCUAUACAACCAGAACUUGACGUUUUAUGGUAUCACUGACUGGGGUCCACUGAUAUUCGAGCCCAUCUUUUUAGACGUCGUGAAGAACAAAGUCGAAUUCCCGGAAGUGUGUUACGACUGUCCUGUAUCAUAAU